CAAAAACCAGCCCGCCCAUCUGCGCAUGUACUUGAUAAAUAUGCGCGUCGCUGAAUCGAGGUUCUGACAACACACUCCUCUGCGUGUGAACGACUAACAGCGACAUCUCGUUGACAGCACCAACCUUUAACAUGGCUCUCCGUCUUCUGCUGCUGUUGCUGGCUGUCAGUCUGUGUUCAGCCCAGUGUCCGACCGGAUGUUCCUGUAGCAGCACCAGCGUCACCUGCAACGGUCUCACCUCCAUUCCCACCCUCACCUUCCCCGACGUCACAACUCUCCGUCUCAACAACAUCAACAGCAAUAUACCUCCGAACGCCUUCGCAGCAAUGCCCAGGUUGCAGUCAAUCACGAUCAGCAAUGGCAAUAUCAGUUCCAUUGCUAGAUGUGCCUUCAGCGGAAUUCCCGCAAAGACAAUUUCAAUCUCCAGAGUUCGGAUCGGUAACAUCGCAUCAGGUGCCUUCCAAAACCUACAAAAUGCUGCCGGGAGGAUUUCAAUCAACAAUGGACAGAUUGGCUUCAUCUCAUCCCACGCUUUCUACAGAUUGUCAAACCUCGCGUCCAUCAGCAUUCAACGCAACACCAUCUCCACCAUCCAAGGGUACGCCUUCAGCAGGAUAUCUAGCAGCAGGACCUUCUAUUUCUACUACAACAACGUCACCAACCUCAACGGCUACGCUUUCGCCUCACUGGAGACGACGUCCUUCUCCUCCACCUCUUACUUCUUCCGAGGAUCCAUCAUGAACGUGGGCUGCAAGGCGCUGGAAGGUCUGAAGACUGUAUCGUAUGUCACGCUCAGGUGUGACUGUGACAUGGUACCCCUCAUCCAAAGCUCGGUCUCCCUCGGCUUCGUCCACUGCUUCAGCCAGUCACAACUGCAUGGCGUCAUUUCCGGGAGCGCGGACGACUGCACAGCGCCAUCUAUUCCAGAGCCAAAUUCUUGUGUAGCCUGAGCGAACGUUGAACCUACAAUAUGAAUAAAGUUGGUUUUUGAAC